CCUUGUGUGUGUAUGUGCUUGUAUUCCUGCGUAGGUGAUGGGAAAUAUGAGGGGGCUGUGUGACACAAUCUAAAGAGAUUCGGUUACAAACAGCUCCUCAAAGUGUGCAUGCUAUGUGAUACCUCGGCUCUUGUUCCAGAGAAGCAGUAAGAAGGCCUUCAGUGUUGUACAUGGCACACCAUCACUCGUUCAGAUCGCUAUGGGACUUCUCGCAAUUUCCUCUUUCCUCCUCUGCAGAAAAUAACAUUUUAAGAAUGAAGAGCAAAUGAGGACCAACAGCAAAUAAUAACUGGCAAAUUGUAUUUUAUUUUUGCCGUUCUUAUGAAAAAUGAAGAUCAUAUUUCUUGUGCUUCACAUUAGCAUGCUGCUACAUGUUGUUUUCUCUGCUCAGGGUCGUUUUGCUCAAAAAUUGCUGAAUGACCUAAUGGAGAAUUACUCGAAUGCUUUACGGCCUGUGGAGGACACAGACAAAGCUCUUAACGUCACUCUACAGAUCACACUCUCUCAGAUCAAAGAUAUGGAUGAAAGGAACCAGGUGUUGACCACCUACCUGUGGGUGCGUCAGAUCUGGCAUGAUGCUUACCUGAGCUGGGAUAAAGAUGAGUAUGAUGGACUUGAGGUCAUUCGAAUACCCAGCGAUCUUGUUUGGAGACCAGACAUCGUUCUGUAUAACAAUGCAGAUGAGGAGGACUCCUCUGGACCCGCAAGCACUAAUGUGGUGUUGAGGUAUAAUGGUGAGAUCACUUGGGACUCCCCUGCCAUUACUAAGAGUUCCUGUAAAGUGGACGUCUCUUAUUUUCCCUUUGAUAGUCAAGAGUGCAACCUUACCUUUGGCUCCUGGACCUACAAUGGCAACCAGGUGGACAUCACUAUGGGCAUGGAGAGUGGUGACCUUUCAGACUUUGUGGAAAACGUGGAAUGGGAGUGUCAUGGCAUGCCAGCUGUUAAGAACGUCAUUAUGUAUGGCUGCUGCUCAGACCCUUACCCUGACAUUACUUACACAGUCCUCCUCAAGCGGCGAUCAUCCUUCUACAUCUUCAACUUGCUUCUGCCGUGUUUCCUCAUCUCAUUCCUGGCUCCGCUGGGCUUCUACCUGCCUGCUGAUUCUGGGGAGAAGGUCUCUCUGGGGGUUACAGUACUGCUGGCUCUGACUGUAUUCCAGCUGAUGGUAGCAGAGAGUAUGCCACCUUCAGAAAGUGUUCCACUAAUUGGAAAAUACUACAUCGCAACAAUGACCAUGAUAACGGCCUCUACAUCAUUGACUAUCUUCAUCAUGAAUAUACACUUCUGUGGAGCGGAAGCAAAACCUGUGCCCCACUGGGCCAAAGUCCUGAUUAUAGACUACAUGUCAAAGAUAUUCUUUGUGUAUGAGGUAGGGGAAAACUGCACCACACCUGAAAGCGACAGAGGCCCAUUGUUCACUGAAGACCCGCUGGCUAGCCUGGAAAGAGAUGGGUAUUUUGACAAUGGGAUUUAUGGAGACUGUCAGCAUGAUGAAAGAAACCACGGUCAGUUUAAUGGGUACAAUCACAGAGACCACCAGCAUGGGAAUGGGUACCAUCCCAACAAAAGUGACUAUCAGCAACAUAGGCACCAGCAUCAAAGGAGGACCCGCUCAUCUUCAAAUUCCCCUAUCCGACAGAGUGCCCAUCAUCCGAAAUACACACACUACAUUGGUCGAGAUGGAAGCGAAAAGCUCCCACUGACAAGUCAGGAAAAACUAAAAGAUAGCGAAAUCUCAAUUCCAGAAAAACUUAGUGGAUACACCUACGAUCAUGGCAAUGGCUAUCUCAAUGGAGUUGGCUAUCUCCAUGAUAAUGGUUACGGCAAAACGUUUGGAGCAGAUAGAUACAGUAAGACCCCCACUGGCACAGGAAUUGUAUGCAUCUGUGGCCAACAUCAGAAAGUGAUGCAAAACAUUGACUACAUAGCUAACUGUUUCAGAGAGCAAAGAGCACACCAGGCAAAAGGGGCAGAGUGGAAGAAGGUUGCCAAGGUGAUGGACAGGUUCUUCAUGUGGGUGUUUUUCAUCAUGGUAUUCCUCAUGAGUAUCCUUGUCAUGGCCAAGGCAACCUAGAGCCAUUUACACAAUGCAAUCAAUUGAUUAUAUAAUGGGUAACUCUAUGUUUCAAAAGACCAUUUAGUGACUGAUUAUUCUUUUUUUCAAACAGUACUGUAAUUUCUAUUAUCCUGUAUUUGUCGGUAGAUGGGCUCACGUUCUACAUUCAAUGUAAAUUGCAAUUACAGCAUGAGUGUUAGUUGUUUGAAUGUCUCGCUUUCUUCAUUGUUUACUUUAUUUUUUCCACUGAAGAAGAUUAUCUGGUUGUAACAGUAAAAGAAAAGGCAUUAAUAUUUCAAGUGUAGACGUGUUCCCAUGUGUAUAUAGGGUAACACAAUCUUUGUCUGGCAUGGACACACAUUAAUAAUGCAUAAUUAACCUUGCACAUGCGUAUGAAACAGAGAUCCACACUAUCGCACAUUAAAAAUGCAUAAAUAGACCAGUCUUGAGUGCUGAACGAACACACACACAGUGCAAAACUUGCCUCCUUGACCAGUGCUAACAUCUACAUUCUGCGACUUCUAAAUUUACUAGUGUUAACUUAUUUAUUUGA